AUCGAAACGAUCGAAACAUGGAGGAUUCUACUGGUUACGGUUCUUCUGAAGAAAACGGUAAAACGCAGCAAAACUCAGCAUUAAAACUGAUUCGCGAUCCAAAUGACUGCCAUUCGAACUACAGAACUCCGCGCAAAGAAGAAGACACUGGGUCAAGAACAGAAGUGACGUCAACGACUCAACAAACAUGGCUAAUUUGCAUUACUUUCAGUGAAUCAUCAAACUUUCAGGAAACAGUUUGGUAAAGCAGAGGAAAGGGAUAGACAGCUUGAAAUUUCUAUCAAAAUGGAGAGUUAUCCUGGGAAUCAGAGUGACAGUCAGGCACCAGAGAGUGGUGAGCCACAGGAGGCAACAGAAAAUAGAAAGGAGAUGUUGCACCAUUCUUCCAAAAGAAAAAGUUCUCCCAGGAAUCACCAGCGCAACUAUCGUAGGAGGUCAUUUUCAGAAUCACCUGAAAAAUCCCCAGAAAGAUCAAAGGAGCAGUGUCCUGUUUCACAAAGGCAAAGUAGACAUUCAGAUCAAGGUGAUCAUCACAGGCAUAGAAAGAGUCGAAGCCGAAGCCAAAGCCAAAGCCGAAGUAGGAGCCCUAGGAGAAGAAGGAGAAGUCAUAGUCCAAGGAAUGAGAAGGAUGGAACAAGUUUUCAAGCUAAGGAAGAGAAACAGAGCCCAUCUCAAGGGAAAAGUCCCAGUGAGAGAGAAAAGGUACAACAGUUAUUAGCUAGGCGUGGCACCAACUCUCGGGAUGGAGAAGACAUGGGAACGAACCCUUCUAGAGAAAAGACCAGACAGAGCGAGUCUUCAGAUAGGGAUAGCUCGUCUCCUCAGCGGAGGAAUUCACCUAAAAGACGAAGUAAAACACCUGAUCUGAGGAGAAGGCGGAGUCCAUCUCGAGAGAGGCGAGGUUCUGGUGAAAGGAAAUCUUCAGAAAGGCACAGAAGAAGAGAUAACAAGAGGAGCCCACAGAGAGAUUCAAAAGAUCGGCGAAGUAGCGGUGAUUACAGCAGGCGGUACGAGAGAGAGCGGGACCGAGCAAGAAACCGGGAAAGGGAAGGCAGAGACGGUAGGGACCGGGGCAGAGACUGGCGCUAUGAGAGAGACCGUGAUAGAAACAGAGAACGAGAUCGUGACCGGAGUAGAGAAGAAGAAAAAGUGGCUUCUCCGGGACAUGAUAAAAAAACAUUCGUUAAAGCAUCUGUUAACUGUUCAUUUACAGCAACUUCGACUGGCCAGCUGGAGACGUUACCACGCCCUGCGCGUCCGCUUACCUCAGAAGAGGUACAAGCCAAGCUGGCGGCCCAUGCAGAGUCGCUCAGAAAGCAAGCACAAGAUGCAGCCUCCAUGCUAAACUUACCCAGCUAUCUGAACCCUUCUGUUGUGAAUCCGCACCAAUACGCCGUACAGGCACAGAAAAGAAAGCUACUGUGGAGUGGCAAGAAAACUGCUGAGGCUACAGCGAGUACCAGCAGCAGUGCCCCAAAAUCCACCAUGUGGAACAGCACGACGUUCAGUAAUGACCAAGGAGGAGAGAUGCAAGCGAAAUUCCGGCGCUUGAUGGGUAUUAAAGAAGAAGGGAAUGCUACUACGAUGGGAGAGGUCACACAACCGCAGAACCAGAAGCUAAUGGAUGACCUGGAGAAGGAGUUCGAACGAUCGCGUGCAUUCCAGUUAUCAAGGGGGGCUGGUGGUAAGAGUGGAAUCGGGCUUGGUUAUUCAGGCACGUGAUGUGGGUUCAAUUUUAGCGGUGUACAAUUCAGCCAUUUUCCAUUACUCAAAGGAAAAUUCCCAGCUCACUUGCAAUGAAGUUGAAUCUCCGUAAUAAUGGGUAAAAUACGAGUAGUUUUGUUACGAAGAAAAUCUUCACAUAUUCUAAUUCUUCUUAAGAGUCUUUUUUUACAUUGUUUUUCUAGUUUCCUGCAGCCGUAGUGGUCAAAUUAUAUAACUUAUAAGAUAAAUUUUAAAGCAAAUAUCCCUCAGGACCGGGUUGUUCAAAGGUGGGUUAAGAUAACCCAGGGUAAGUGUGUAAUUUGAUUACAAUUUGAGGAUUGAAUGCUCUAAAAAGAAUUGGGAAAAUUAUCCCAAAACAACACUUGAACAGAGACCCUGAGUUAGCGCUAACCGGCCCUCGUGUGACGGGGCCUAGUUGAAUAACUGCAACCUAGUUGAAUAACUGCACCAUCCUUGAUUAAAAUUUCAGAAAGUGAAAAAACCGCUCGUUACAUACUAUUUGUAUUUAGAUGCAAUCCUCUGAUGAGGAAUAUAGCAGGCAUCAAUCCAGUUUGGGGCCGUUGAAUUCAAAGCUUCUGAGCAUCUAUCCUGUCUAUUAUGCGAUAACCUGUGGAUCUGUCAUGAGGAUUUUCCCUUUUUUUUACAGAUAAUAAGGUAGGACCGCAGUGCGUACACGUGUGGGACUUAAAGUAAAAAAAUUUGGAAAUACAGAGGAAUUUUCACAUAAUUUCGCGAAAGCAAUCAAUUUAAAGAAAUUUCUCAAACCUGAAUUUGAAUUCUCCCUGUAAGGACUUCAUUUCAGACGCCCUUGUUAAAGACAAAGGUCAGUCUCAUGUAUCCUACAUGAUCUAGAUGGAGGAGCCUGUUUAGGGGGCAAGCUCGACAUGUUUUGUGCUACUACUUCGUCGCUUUUUUAUGCAUUUGCUCUGGCCGGGGAAAUUUGUCGCAAUUCGAGUUUCGAAUUGCGACAAAGUUAAGCAGCUAUUUUUAUUCUUAACAAAGUUAAGCAGCUAUUUUUGCGGAUUUUGAUUGUUGACGAUUGCCUGUACCUUCCACUCACCAGAUUACUGCUGUUUCCGCCUUUUCACUUUUUUUGGUCAACAUCGACCCGACUCGCUUGGUGUGAUUAUUUAAACCUUGUAUAUUGUUCUGGACAUUUUUUGCCUCGCUGGGAAAUCUUUGCCUUUUGAGAAAGGCUAGAUCACGUUAGAAAAGGGUUGGAAUAAACGCGCUAGGUCAUAGAUCAACUGCCCCUUCGUACCCCAACUCAUCACGAAUAUGAUAUUGCAUCUAUUGCUAUAUUAUAUGUACUUGCCUACAGAUUAAAAAGACUUUCCAAUAAAAAUGCUAUGAGAGGUUAACCGCACCGAAAACACUUGUCCUAUACGGUCUGCCGAAUGAGGAUACCAGACUAUUUUUUAGAGCUUUCCGGGUUAGUUAACAGGCAUUUAGCUCGUAGUUAGUCCAUUUGCUUUGCCCUUUGUAUAAUCCUUACAUAGAGGGUAAAGCUGUUUGAACAUAGAAGAGCGCCCGGUUCGUCAAAAGUCAACAACAGCAAGAAAAGAGACAGCACCGUGGAGAUUUCACUAUUUGCGAACUGUUGGGCCGUAUUUUGAUGUUACUGAACGUAAUGCUGUGCAAGGACAUUUAGCGUUUCUUGCUUAAAGUAAAACUGCGUAAAGUAAAGCUAGAGCAACGCCUUUUGAACUAGUACCGUACGACUACUGACAGAUGUUAACAUCGGGAUUGAAAACAAUGGGUUUUUUUUAAUCGCUUUUAGAAAUCGUCAAAUAUUGCCUUGAUCCAGCUAUGUUGACUUAAAUCAAUCCUUUCAAAUAUCUGAUGAAAUAAAUUGGUUUACACCUAA